AUGCACAACCUAGUUGGUGGCCUUCCACACCACAUUCUUAGAGACUUGGCCGCAAAAUAUGGUCCGCUCAUGCACCUUCGCCUCGGUGAAGUUCCUGUUGUGGUUAUAUCAUCGCCCGACAUGGCUAAAGAGAUUCUAGUCUCUCGUGAUCCUGCUUUUGCUGCAAGGCCCCAUACUCUAGCCAGCAAAAUCAUCUGGUAUGACCAUCAAGAUUUGAUCUUUGCUCCUUACAGCGAUUAUUGGUCGCAAAUGCGUAAGAUUUGCAUGAUGGAUUUUUUCAGUGAAAAGAAAGUGCGCUCCUUUACAUUUAUUUUCCAAGAUGAAAUUUCCCAACUUACAAACUCGAUUCGGUCUUCUGAGGGAGUAGCAAUAAAUUUGACGGACAAGAUUUUUGCCCACGUAAGUUCGAUGAUCUGUAGAGCAGCAUUUGGUAGAGUGUACAAGGAUCAGGAAACCACGAUUCAGAAUUUGAAGACAGCAAUUGCUUUUGCAGCUGGAAUCAACGUAGCUGAUUUCUUUCCAUCCCUGAAACUGUUACAUGCCAUUACGGGAUUGAAGCACAAGUUGCAAAAGAUGCACGAUUACUUGGAUGAAGUUCUCGAGAAUGUUAUCAAGCAACAUAAGGCGAACCACGCAAGUGGGAAAAUGGGUAACGCUGAGUCGGGAGAUGGAGAUGUUAUUGAUGUGCUACUACAACAACAGGAGAGUGGCAAAUAUCAGAUUCCGAUAAAAGCUGAAAACAUAAAAGGUGUCCUUUUGGAUAUCUUCGCUGCUGGAUUGGACGCAUCAUCUGUUAUAAUUGAAUGGGCAAUGUCAGAAUUAAUGAGGCAUCCAGGGAUUUUGACCAAGGCACAAGAGGAACUACGACGAGUUUGCAAGGGUAAGAAAACGAUCGAUGAGGAUGACGUCCAGAACUUGAAAUACUUGAAGAUGGUGGUAAAAGAAACUCUGAGGCUUCAUCCAGCUGCUGCUUUUAUCCCAAGAGCAACUGCAGAAAAUUGUGAGGUAAAUGGAUAUAUCAUACCGGAGAAAGCCCGCGUCUUAAUCAAUAUCUGGGCAAUAGGGAGAGAUCCUAAAAACUGGGACGACCCAGAAAAUUUCAUGCCUGAGAGAUUCGAGCAAAAAUCAGUUGAUUAUCUUGGAACCCAUUGUGGCUAUAUCCCGUUUGGGUCUGGAAGGAGACUAUGCCCAGGAAGUACGUUAGGUUUAGCCACUGUGGAGCUCAUGCUAGCACAUUUACUUUACCACUUUGACUGGAAACUUCCUGAUGAGAUGAACCCCAAGGAUUUGGACAUGGAUGAGGUUUUUGGAAUAGGAAGUACGUUAGGUUUAGCCACUGUGGAGCUCAUGCUAGCUCAUUUACUUUACCACUUUGACUGGAAACUUCCUGAUGAGAUGAACCCCAAGGACUUGGACAUGGAUGAGGUUUUUGGAAUAGGUAUAGCCAGGAAAAAUGCCCUGUGCCUGGUUGCGAAAGCAUACGAUCCUUUCCAGGAUCAGUAA